UAGAAACUUACUAUGAUGUUCAAGAGAGGUGGUGGUGGUGUGAGCAUUUCAAUGUUGCCAACUUCUACCAUGUUGGUUGGGUUGUGCCGGCCUCGGCGGCGGUUCCGGCGAAGGCGGGGCAACAGCAUUCGGCUAGGAAACAAGAGAAGAGGGUUAUGCCUUGGAUCACGUCCUGUGGUACAAUGGGGUGUCAUGGCUCCUCUUAGGAUGUUGAAGAAGAUCAUCAUGGAAAUAACACCAAAGGGACAUUGGAUAGAAGCUUAUUGUUUGUCUUUACCUCUUCUACGCCCCCAACUGUUUCCUCUUUGUUAAUCACAAACAAGUUAUGGAUUUCAUCUCCUAUCUUUUCUUUUCUUCAAAAUGUGAAAAGUGAAAGUGUAAAACUAAAAGAAUGUACUCAACUUGGAGGAAGAAUCUAAUAUACAUUCUCUUUUGUGAACCUUCAUGUAAAAUGUCAAAAGGCUAAAGUUCUGGUUUGCUUUAGUGUAAUCAUACAUGUUUAAUAAGCACUUGAUAGUGUUUGUACAAUGUUCUUGGUUUAAA